GCAACUAACGAACGAACGAACGAUCCAUUGAGUGUUUUGGUGUAUAGUGCAUACAGGAUUUAUAUCUAUCUAUAUAUAUUUAUCAAUAUAAAAACAUAUUGUGUACAUGCCCUAAUAUGGACUUCGAUGAGUUUCGCGAAUUUGGUCACGCCUCCAUUGAGUUUAUCAUCAACUACAUUAAAAAUAUACGUGAGAGAAAUGUGCUGCCUAGCGUGGAACCACAUUCAGUGGUUAAUCAAUUGCCGAGAGAAAUACCCGAGCAGGCUGAAAGCUGGCGCGCCGUCCUAGAGGACCUGGAACACAUUAUAUUGCCCGGACUAACACACUGGCAAUCGCCAUAUUUCAAUGCCUUCUAUCCGUCAUCCACAUCCGCAGGUUCGAUCAUAGGCGAGCUUCUAAUCGCAGGCAUUGGCGUUCUAGGCUUUAGUUGGAUUUGCAGUCCCGCCUGCACCGAACUGGAAGUUGUUGUCAUGGACUGGUUGGCCAAAUUCCUAAAGCUGCCCGAGCAUUUCCUACAUGCUACAGAGGGUCCCGGCGGUGGUGUGAUUCAGGGCUCGGCCAGUGAGGCUGUGCUUGUGGCUGUGCUGGCCGCCAGGGAGCAGGUUGUGUGCCGCGUUCGCGCCAGCCAUCCAGAGCUCAGUGAGAGUGAUAUACGUGGCAAGCUGGUAGCCUACUCCUCGGAUCAGAGCAAUAGCUGCAUUGAGAAGGCGGGCGUGCUGGCUGCCAUGCCAAUAAAGCUGCUGCCCGCCGGCGAGGAUCUCAUACUGCGUGGCGCGGCUUUGCGUUCGGCCAUCGAGCAAGAUGUGACCGCUGGCCUAAUACCAGUCAUCUGCAUAGCUACCCUGGGCACAACCGGCACCUGUGCCUAUGACGAUGUCGAUUCGCUUGCUACUGUCUGUGAGCAGUACAAUGUGUGGUUGCAUGUGGAUGCAGCAUAUGCCGGCGGCGCAUUUGCGCUGGACGAGUGCUCUGAGCUGCGUAGAGGGCUGGAGCGUGUGGAUUCGUUGAACUUCAAUUUGCACAAAUUCAUGCUCGUCAACUUUGAUUGUUCCGCCAUGUGGCUGCGAGAUGCGAACAAGGUGGUCGAUAGCUUCAAUGUGGAUCGCAUCUAUUUGAAGCACAAAUACGAGGGUCAAACGCAGAUUCCCGAUUUCAGGCACUGGCAGAUACCACUGGGCAGACGCUUUCGCGCGCUCAAAGUUUGGAUUACGUUCCGCACGCUCGGUGCUGAGGGUUUGCGUGCCCAUGUGCGAAAACACAUUGAAUUGGCCAAAAAAUUCGAGGUGUUCGUCCUGGCAGAUGCACGUUUCGAGCUGGUAGCGCCGCGUGCCCUUGGUCUCGUUUGUUUUCGCGCCAAGGGCGAAAAUGAGAUUACUGCACAGCUCUUGCAGCGUUUGAUGGAACGCAAGAAAAUCUAUAUGGUCAAGGCGGAGCAUCGUGGCCAACUGUUUUUGCGUUUUGCGGUGUGCGGCAUGGAUCCAAAGCCUUCUGACAUAGAGUUUGCCUGGACAGAAAUUGGGACACAGCUAACGGCUUUGUUGGCCGAGCAGGAACAUUUGGCUGCCGUAGGUAAAGCUGGUGAUGUAACGGAAUUAACACAACAAUUCGGGCUGCAACUCACAAACGGCACGAACGAGAAAUCGCAGUGAGUGGCGAUUGUGUUUGGCAAUAAAAAUACUCCAAUUUUUGUGCUAUUUAUUUACCGUCUUUAGGUGCCUUAUCGUUUACACUGUAGUAUUUAAGAGUUUUUCAAUAAAGUUAAGAAUAACACA